UAGAAAACACAAUAAAACAUGAACAUUUUCAGAAAAGAGAGGUUAAAAUGUCAACAAUGGCAGAUGAAUGCUUUUCAGUGUCUCAAGACUGUGAAAAACUCAAAAAAUCAUUUGAUGGUUUUCUUUUAGGAUGGGGAAUAGAUAGGGGUGCAAUUAUAUCAAUAUUGGGCAAUCGAAGUGCAGCUCAACGCAAGUUAAUUCGUGAAGCUUAUGCGCAAACAUAUAAAGAGGAUCUUCUGAAAGCAUUGGAAAAAGGAUUAUCAGGUGACUUUGAGAGGAUAGUGCUACUGUGGACAUUGGAUCCUGCUGAGAGGGAUGCAUCAUUUGCCAAUGAAAUUACAAGGAAAAAGAAUGGAAGUUAUUAUGUGAUAAUGGAAAUUGCUUGUGCAAGAACUUCAGAUGAAUUGCUUUUGGCAAGAAAAGCAUAUCUAAAUCGUUUUAAUAAAUCUCUUGAAGAAGAUCUUGCUUGUCACACAACUGGAGAUUUUCGCAAGCUUUUGGUGCCUUUGGUAACUGCAUAUCGUUAUGAGGGAGGUGAAGUGAAUAUGGGUCUAGCAAAAUCAGAAGCUAAGAUUCUUCAUGAGAAAAUUUCAAAAAAAGCUUUUAGUGCUGAAGAGCUCACAAGCAUUUUGAGUACCAGAAGCAAAGCACAAAUUAAUGCAACACUUAACUGCUACAAUGAUCAAUUUGGGAAUUCCAUUAACAAGGAUCUGAGGAGUAAGGAGAAUGAAGAGUAUCUUGCAUUGCUGAGAGCCACCAUCAAGUGUUUAAAGUGUCCAGAGAAAUACUUCGAGAAAGUUCUUCGACUUUCCAUGAAAGGGAUAGGAACAGAUGAAGAAACUCUUACUAGAGUUGUAGUUACAAGAGCUGAUGUUGAUAUGAAACGCAUCAAAGAAGAGUAUUAUAAAAGGAAUAGUGUAACUUUAGAGGAUGCCAUAAAGGGAGACACUUCUUUUGAUUAUGCAAAGAUGCUUUUAACGUUAAUUGGACAUGAAAACAAUUGAUCAUGUCCAAAAUAAGGUUUUAAUGGUAUAUGUACUUUGAGCAAAUCAUUUACUUAGACCUCGUCUGUCUAUAUUUCUCCUACUCAUAUUCAGGAAUUUGUAGAAAACCGUAAUACUUCAGUUUGUAAUAGUUCCAUGUGGAAUUGCUAAUUUAAACCUUUUCUAUUUUGCAGACUAAA